UGGUGACGUAGAGCUCAUGUGUAAGGAAGGAAAACUGUCAACAUGCAGCAUGGGCACGGUUCGACAAGUUCCUCACAAAACUAUGGUAGUGGGGCAACUGGCAGUGGUAGUUCGCAUUAUUCAGGGAGUGGGUCUUCUAGCUACAGUAGUAAAGUAGAAGAUAUGGAAUUUCCAUACUGUCCAGAUGCCAACAAAUAUGAAAAAUUGGCCAAGAUUGGUCAGGGAACUUUUGGAGAAGUUUUUAAAGCCAGGGACCGCCAAACACGAAGGCUUGUAGCGAUGAAGAAAGUGUUAAUGGAAAAUGAAAAGGAAGGGUUUCCUAUAACAGCAUUACGAGAAAUAAAAAUACUGCAGUUGCUGAGACAUGAAAAUGUAGUGAAUUUAAUUGAAAUUGCAAGAACAAGAGCAACUCCUUAUAACAGAAUGAAGAGCACCUUUUACCUUAUAUUCGAAUUCUGUGAACAUGAUCUUGCUGGACUUCUGAGCAACGCAAAUGUGAAAUUUAAUAUUGGUGAAAUUAAAAAGGUCAUGCAGCAGUUGUUAAACGGAUUGUACUUCAUUCAUAGCAACAAGAUUUUACACAGAGACAUGAAAGCUGCAAAUAUUCUAAUCACAAAACAUGGAGUUCUGAAACUAGCAGACUUUGGCUUAGCAAGGGCUUUUAGCACAGCUGGUAAAGACAAACAAAAUAGGUAUACAAACAGAGUGGUCACGCUGUGGUAUCGACCCCCUGAACUCCUUCUAGGGGAGAGAAACUAUGGGCCUCCGAUUGACUUGUGGGGAGCGGGAUGUAUUAUGGCAGAGAUGUGGACAAGAACUCCAAUAAUGCAAGGAAAAACAGAACAACAUCAGCUUCAGUUGAUUAGUCAGUUGUGUGGAUCUAUAACCAAAGAAGUGUGGCCAAAUGUGGUGAAACUUGAUAUGUAUGGACAGAUGGAACUUGCCCAAGGCCAAAAACGCAAAGUUAAAGACAGGCUGAAGGUCUAUGUGAAGGACCAGUAUGCUCUAGAUUUGAUUGACAAGCUGCUGACCCUUGACCCCUCAAAGAGGAUAGACAGUGACACUGCUUUGAAUCAUGACUUUUUCUGGUCAGACCCAAUGCCCUCUGAACUUGCUCAUAUGUUGUCACAGCAUUCCACCUCCAUGUUCGAAUUUCUGGCUCCACCCAGGCGGCCCGGCCAGAGAAUGCCUGCUGGUCAAGUUCAGAGACCAGCUCCCAACCCUGACCAACAUUUUGAAAGGGUGUUUUGAAUGAUAUACAUGUACUAUCUACUCAGUGAUUAAGCACUCUGUUUCCUCAUACAGUUAUUUUAUCCAUCAGUUUAACUUGGUGAUAUGGAGGUGAACAUGUAUCUUUUCUAAAAGAUGUCUUUGAAAAGAGUCAUUCAUUUGGAUGUAUGAUCACAUGUAUGAACAAAUUGUACUUGUAUGUCUGAAUAAAUCAAAUAUCUUCAAAGGGAAAAGAAUUGU